AAACGAUAAUUUUCGUUCCGCGAACUCUGCAAUGAAGGAUAACGAAGGUUUUAAUUACGCCUUUGCGCUGAGUCGCCAUUGGUUACGGAUAUUAGGCGUAUGGCCCGAUCCACUUGCGCCUUUAAGCGAUUUCCACCGACCAAACAUAAAAUUCAUAAUCGUUACGUGUAUCCUGUUACUUUACGUGUUCGUGCCGCAAAUAACAAAUGUAAUUCUUGCUUGGGGUAACGUGUCUCGUAUGGUGGAAAAUCUCGCAUCCGCGAACUACAGCUUGUUGUCACUAUGCAAGUUAAUCAGUACUUGGUAUCACGGAAAAUCACUUCAAACGCUGUUGACAUCAGUUAGGACCGAUUGGAUAACUCCGAAGAACAACGAGGAACAAAAUACAAUGUUAUAUUUAGCAAGUCGUGGCAGAACCUUGUCUAAUAGAUGUUACGUGCUGUUGCUAGUAUCUCUCCCGUGUUACCUAUUUCUCAACCUCGUAAGACUUUAUCGAACUAUAUCUCAACCUCAACGAACUCUCGUUUAUCACUUUAGCUACUUUUACAACAGUCAAAAAAGUCCGAAUUAUGAAAUCACUUUCUUCAUUCAACUUUUCGGCGGUCUAUACACAGCUAUCGUCAACUGUACCAUUGACAGUUUCAUCUCGAUGCUUCUGCUGCAUAUAUGCGCGCAGCUAAUAAAUCUACGAGCGGCACUAAACAAUCUAGUUGACGAAUUAGCCAAAGGAUCUAUAUCCUCUUCAACAUUUAAGAAAGGAUUAGCUGAGAUCACUAUGCGUCACCUACAUCUCAUCAGGAACACAAAGAUAAUCAACAAUUGCUACAGCGUAGUGUUAUUUAUGCAUAUGUUUGCCGCUACCUUUCAAUUGUGUUUUGAAAGCUUUCAAGUUUCCAUGAUAAUAACAUACCAUUUGGAUGUACCUAUUGUCAAAAUAGUUUUUCUCUCGCUUUACUUCGUCAUUGUAUUGAUGCAUUUGUACCUUUAUUGUUACUCAGCUGAAAGACUUUUAAUGGAGAGCACUAAUAUGAUGUACGGCGUGUAUGAGUCCAAGUGGUACGAUAUAUCAUCGAAAGAUGCGAAGAAUUUAAUGUUUAUGGUAUACCGAUCCACAAUUCCACUUAGAUUGACAGCUGGAAAAUUUGGAACUUUUUCGCUAGAAAUGUUUGGAACAAUAGUCAAAACAUCAAUGGGAUAUCUAUCUGUAUUGCUGACAAUAAUGGAUUAGAAAAAUAAUAUAUUAAAAAAUUAUACUAAAUUAAAUGCGCGUACUUGUUUACUAUUUAUUUUCUAUAUACUGUGUCAACAGCUGUACGUGUGUAUAAUUUUAUUUGUAAUAUAAUUUUUGCUGGACAAAUACAUGUCUUUGAGCAAUAAAAUAAAU